AUGAAGAGAAAAUUUCUCUCUCUUAUUUUAAUAAUUUUUCUUGUCUCUAUUUCAGAUUACCCAUUACGUUCUCCAUCCAGCACCAACAUUCAUCCGAAUGCUCGAUGGCAACAAAAUGGUAUCACUGUAGCUGGAGGAAAUCGACAAGGCAAUGGAAUCAAUCAACUCUCAAACCCAUGGAGUUUGUAUGUUGAUAAUGAUCAAACAAUCUAUGUUGCUGAUCAAUCAAAUCAUCGUAUUGUGGAAUGGAAACGAGGUGCAACAAGUGGCCAAGUGGUUGCCGGUGGAAAUGGACAAGGAAGUGGAGAUCAUCAAUUGAAUAACCCAUAUGAUGUGAUUAUCGACAAAGAGAGAGAUAGUCUCAUCAUAUGCGAUACUUCGAAUAGAAGAGUGGUUCGAUGGCCUCGUCGAAAUGGGACAAGUGGAGAAACAAUCAUCUCCAACAUCUCUUGUUGGGGUUUCACAAUGGACGAGAAUGGAUCUCUCUAUAUCACUGAUGGUGGAAAAAAUGAAGUGAGACGAUAUCGAAGAGGAGAAUCUCAAGGAACAGUGGUUGCAGGUGGCAAUGGAAGUGGAAAUCGUCUCGAUCAACUCUCUUUCCCAACAUACGUAUUCGUCGAUCGAGAUCAUUCAGUGUACGUAUCUGAAUGGAACAAUCAUCGUGUGAUGAAAUGGAUGGAAGGUGCAAAACAAGGCAUUGUCGUGGCUGGUGGUCAAGGAUAUGGAAAUGAUCUUACACAAUUGUCAUCUCCUCGAGGAGUCGUUGUCGAUCAAUUGGGCACUGUCUAUGUGGCUGAUGCAGGGAAUAAUCGAAUCAUGCGUUGGCCUAAAGGAGCCACACAAGGAAGUGUCAUUGUUGGUGGAAACGGUAGUGGAGAACAAUCGAAUCAACUCAAUUGGCCCUUCGGUUUGUCAUUCGAUCGACACGGGAAUCUCUAUGUCGUUGAUUGGGGAAAUCAUCGAGUACAAAAAUUCAAUAUUGAUUCAAAUUCUCAACAGUUGUUGAGAGUCAAUCUUGUUGAUAUUCGCUUUUUAUCUCCGGCAAUGUUCCAUCGUAUAAACGAGAGUGUGGGUCGGUGUAUCUGGUCUGAUUGCCUAUGUGGAUUGUGAAGGUGAAUGUUAGCAUGUGUGUGGUUUGAUGUUACUGAAGCGAAGAUCAACACUGGCAUUCACUCUUAUAGGUUAUAUGUACAUUCAGAGGAUUACUCGAGAGCUGAAUUGAAUGCAGAUACUAAAUGCAGAAUCAUAGUUCACCGGAGUAGGAAUUGGAGUCAAUCAAAUAAAUUUUAGAGGUGAAGUGAGAGCCGAAGCAAAUUAUGAGAACUUCAAAGAAUCUAUUGUAUUCUUUUCUCAUGUAGAAGUUAUAUUUGACACUUCGUAACUUUUAAUUAACAAACACUCUCAAUUCAAAAGAAAAAUAUCAUGAAGUAGAAAAGUAACAAAAUGAUAAAAGACAUUUACACUAGAUCAAUUUUUAAAAGUGAUUACUGCGAAUAAAAAUUUAGUAUCAUUCAAUAUCUCCACUGACUUUAAUAAAUGUAUUUUCACUAUCUUCGUGAGUUUUGCUAAACCUAUUUUUCACUUGAAUUUUCUGUUAUUAUUGAUACUUGAUCAAAACUUGGUAUCUUUGCUGAUGCUUUGUUGGUUGGACGAAGUUGUUCAAUGGCACUUAUUUUUUCUCAAAAAGCUGCUGUUGAUGAAAGCUUGCUGAAUAUUGUCCUGAGUUUCUCUUGGAUUUAAUGUUAUUUUUAGGUGCUAGUUUAAGGUUGUCGUCUUGUUCUAUAAUUAAAUUGAAAAUUUCUCCUCGUGAGAAGUUCUUAGUACAUAUUACGAAUAUAUAUAUUUGAUCAAGAAAAGGAUUUGAAAUUGAAAAAGCAUUAAUUUUUUCCUGUGUAAAAAUAAACAUAAUGGGUGUGACAAAAGUUUCUGGAAAAAUGUCACUUCGUUUUUCACCGACUAAAACAUGACCUGCAUUGAAGGUCUUUUCUAACUGUUUGUUCAAAAAAGUUUUAUCUUUGAGUAACGAGGACAUCUUUUAAUAACACUUAAAUGUCGUCUGUCGAAAACAAAUCACAAUCGUUGCGUUUCAAUGAAUUGAUCUUUAAACAAUGUGAUAUGUAUUUCUAGCAGAGUAUUAGAUGACAAAAUCUAAUGAACAAAUAAGCAACAGUUUACGAUGAAUUGCAUAAGAGAAAUUUAAAAUCUACUAGAAUAUCGGUUAUUUCUACCACAAAAGUUGCGAGUUACUUUUUAGAGUCCGUGCUUUAGUGUUAUUUUAAAAUGUGCUCAUUACUCAAAGAAAAAACAUGAUAAAAAGUUUUUGAAUAUACAGUUAGAAAGUGCUUUUACUGUAGAUUUUGCAAGUGUACUUUUGAUUUUUUCGAAACAUGUUUUAGUUAAUGAAAGAUGAAGCGAUACUUUUUCAGGAACUUUUGCAACAUCGAUUAUGUAUUCAUUCGCUUACAAUAGUCUCAAAUAAAAUUUAAAUUGUGAUAAUGCUAUGAUUUUAAUUCAUAUAAUAUCGCGGUAUAGUUAAGAUGCCUCCGAUUUAUGAGAAGGAAUUUCAAAAUUUAAAGGAGUUAGAACCUGAGUCCAUGUUGAAAACAAAGAUUUUCACAACGCAGUCGGAAUUUUGUAGAAUUUUUCAAGUUGAAGUAAAAAAAUUAACACCAAUUUGACUUAUUUUCAUAUGAUUUUCUUUCUUUUUCUGUUUCAUAAAUAUAUUCAGCUGACAAA